AUGAGGGUGGAGGUAGAGAGGAAGCUGCGAAAGAAAGAAGAGGAGAAAGGGAGCGGGGAAGGAGGAAGUCGAAAAGCAAAGGACAAAGGCACCGUGUCCUUUGAGAGGUUAUCGGAGCGUGACAGAAGCCUCCUCCUCCUCCUCCUCUCGCCGCUGCUGCUCGUCGCCCUCCUGCCGCCGAGGUCGUCAGCCAUCACCCCUCCUUGCAGCAGCGAGAGGCAUUACGAACAGUCCGGACGUUGCUGUAACAAAUGCGAACCCGGGACGUUCAUGACUGCCAAGUGCACCGCUGCCUCUGAAAGUGUGUGCUCCCCCUGCAACCCAGAUGAAUACUUAGACACAUGGAACGAAGAGGAUAAAUGCCUACUGCAAAGAGUUUGCGACGCGGGCAAGGCUCUGGUCGCGGUCCACCCCGGCAACAGCACCUCGCAGCGGCAGUGCGCCUGCACCCAGGGCUACCACUGGAGCGACGACUGUGAUUGCUGCAGGCGCAAUCGGGACUGCGGUCCGGGCUUCGGGGCCAGGCACCCGCUAUUGCCGAACAGGGAUACGGCGUGCGAGCCAUGCCCCCCGGGCUACUAUUCCAAUAGCUUUUCUGCCACUGACAAGUGCGAACCCUGGACCAACUGCACAAUUCUUGGACAGGAAGAAAUCGAUCCCGGGACCAAUAAGUCAGAUGUGGUCUGCAGGAUAUCUUUUGUGCCCACAAAGUUCUGGAACGAAUCCAGUGAAGUCACACGUGGAUUGAUCAUUCCUUUCCUCUUUGUGUCAGUGGCUCUAAUUGGCCUCAUCUUCCUUGGCAUUUACUAUAGGAAAGAAGGGAAAGUCCUGACAGCUGAUCUACGGCAUUGGUUCCAUGUCACGUGCACCAGACUGAAGGGCAAUAAGCAGGAUUCCUCCAGCGACAGUUUCAUCAGCACCCGCGUGGCCCUCGCUGGCCACCGCCAGCCUUUUGAGGGAGUCUUGCUGCUGACCGUGGGAGAGAAGGUGUGUCCUGAAGGCGCGGGUUGUCCCGAAGGACUCGUGCUCGGUGGACCGGGGGCCACGGAGCCGGAGGGAGGCCCCUUCCUGCAGAUUCCCAUGGAAGACGAGUACCUGGACCGGCCGGCCCCGAGCCCCAGGGGCCUGCUGGCCCUGAGCUGCCUGGACGGCACGUCCGGGUCCCCUUUCCCCGAGCCUCUGGAGAUCGGGGAGAACGACAGUUUGAGUCUCUGCUUCACGGGGACUGAAAGUCCGGGGGAGGAGGGGACCUGCGGAUGCCCCGAGUGGGCCGCCUGCACCCCCGUGUCCUUGGAGAAAUCCCCGCAGAAGUCAGGCCCCGAUGCCGCCCCGAGGUUCCCGGAGGAGGCCGAGCGCAGCGGCCCGGACGACUGGUGGCCACCCAGCUCCCGGGCCAAAGGCUGCAUGGGCUGCGGGACGGGACCGGGGGAGGGGCCCGAGUCCCCAGCGCCCUACACGACCCCCCAGGAGAGCGGGCCUUUGCCACCCUGCGCCUGCGGGUUGGGCUUCCCAUACGAUGGGGCGGAGAGCCAAGAUCCCGCCUCGGGACGAGGCGACGCCCAGGACCACAGCGGGGCCGGCGGCAGCUCAGGGACCUCUGGAACCCCGACCGGAAGCCCCACAGACCUGCCCUCUGCACCGGGAAAUGUGACUGGAAACAGUAACUCCACAUUUAUUUCGCAUGGAAAAGUGAUGAAUUUCAAGGGUGACAUAAUCGUGGUCUACGUUAGUCAGAACUCCCAGGAAGGCCCUGCGGGCACCGGGCCGACGGAAGAGACCGUGGUGGGCAGCCCGGUGCAGGAGGAGACCCUGAAUCGCUGUGACACCUUUGCAGGGAACGCCCCCCUCUUCCAGGAGAAGUGUGCCGACGCCCACCCGGGGACCCCCGAGGAGGACGUGGGGCAGAAGAGCAGGCCCGAAGGAGAGAGAAGCCCGCGUCCCCCCCUCCCCGCGGAAACGUGGGGCGGCACUGACCGCGCGGCCACCCAGCCUGUGCAGGAGGAGGGGAAAGCGGCUCACUGCUGGCCGACGGCCUGGCACCCGUGAAGGGGGCGAGCAGCUCUGUGCCCUCCCGGGGAGUUGCCCGCACCCCCUCCCCGACGGAAGCCGUGGACCCACCAUCCGCCCAGCACGGCCAGCGCGGGAGGGCGCUUGGGCAGUUACGCGGCUGAAAAUGCACAUCCUCGUUCUCGGGUCUUUCCGGGAAGCCUCGCGAAGCGAGUGCCCCAGCCGUCACGGACAGCAUCGGACGGGGACGGCGGUGUUGGAAAAAGCUAGGUGAAGGUCACACGCCGACACUUUUAUAUCUUCUAAUUCCGGACUUCUGGAUUUAGGACUUUUUUUUUGCCUUUAAAAUAAUUGAGCCACGUCGGGGCAAGGGGCUCUGUUGGGAUUUUUGUCUUAGACCGUCUAGUUUGGAAGCCUGCUCUCGUAGUGAAUCUUUUCAUACCUCAAGGCUCCGGGAGCCGAUCUCUAAAAACCAUUUCUCUUCUUAA